UUUGUUGGAAAUGAAAAUUCAUUUUGCCGUUUACAUCUUCACCACCUGUUUCUUUGGAUGUGUCAGUGUGACCAGCUUCCCAGUUCCUCCUAGUCCGGACCAAGUUGAGAUUCUUUUGGCUUUCAAGAAUGAGUUUCCAUCCCGCAACUGCGACCCUAUCUGGAACACGCCGGAUGUCGUGUUCCGUAGUCCAAACAUAGGCUCUUGGACCAAAGAAGCUGUUUCCUUUGAUGGGGUUGUCUUUGAUAACGCCACAGGUGCGGUCACAGAGCUAAACCUUGGUGGUGCAUGUAUCAGCGGCACCAUCCAGGCUAAUAGUAGCCUCUUCAGAUUCCAACACCUAAGGUACCUCCGUCUCUUUAUCAACCACUUUGACUCUUCCCCAUUCCCCUCCGGAUUCGGAAGACUCGCCAACUUGGAAUAUUUAGAUCUUAGCCAGAAUGGUUUUAUAGGAGAAGUUCCAUCCUCAAUCAGUAACCUAAGCCGUUUAACCUCCUUGGACCUCUCAUAUAACAAACUCACCGGUCGUUUUCCAAAUAUACAUAACUUAACCCUUCUUUCUUCUAUAGACCUUUCCUAUAAUCAGUUCUCUGACACCAUUCCUUCUUCUCUAUUCACCAUGCCUUCCCUAUGGUAUCUUGAUCUGCGCCAAAAUAAUCUUAAAGACCCUCUUGAAAACAUGACUUCUUCUCCAACCUCUAAGCUUGUGCAUCUAGACAUGGCCAAGAACCUUUUUAGUUCUCGAAUCUUAGAACCUAUCUCAAAGCUACCAAACCUCACACACCUCGACCUAUCUUUUCAAAACACAACCUACACUAUCAACUUCGAUUACUUGCCGUUCAAGUCUCUAGAGUAUUUGGAUCUUUCCGGAAACAGCGUGUCAGUGCUUAAUACCUCUUCCGAAAACUUGUCGUUUCUUAUCUUGUCCAACUGCAACCUCACCGAGUUCCCCACGUCUAUAAAGACCUUACAAAACUUGAGGGGACUAGACGUUUCCAAGAAUAGGCUCAAAGGAAAAGUGCCUGAAUGGUUAUGGAAACUUCCUUCUUUGGGAAAUGUAAAUCUCUCUCAAAACUCCUUCAGUUUCUUGGAAGGUUCUCCAGAGGUGCUCCUUAACUCGUCUCUCUCCGAGUUAGAUUUGAGUUCAAACACCUUCCACGGGUCCUUUCCUAUUAUCCCACCCACCAUCCAGGUCAUGGCUGCAUCAAAUAACUAUUUCACUGGGGACAUACCUCUUACACUCUGCAAAGCAUCUCAACUGAUACUCCUUGAUCUGUCAUACAACAACAUCAGUGGGUCAAUUCACCGGUGCUUGACAAAUGUAUCGGUGUUGAAACUCCGCAACAACGACCUCACUGGGAGACUUCCCGACAUAGAUAGUGAUUCAUUAGUACUACUUGAUGUCGCCCACAAUCAUUUAAGUGGGAAGCUUCCAAGGUCUCUUGUGAAUUGCACAAGCCUAAAGUUUCUAAAUGUGGAAGGGAAUAGCAUCAGUGAUACUUUCCCUUUCUGGCUGAAGACCUUGCCGAAACUUGAAGUCAUUGUUCUGAGAUCAAACAGAUUCCAUGGUCCCAUAUCUUCUUCUCCUGAGAGAACUCUUUCGUUUACAGCGCUGAGGAUAAUGGACAUAUCGCUUAACAACUUUGAUGGGACUAUCCCAUCAGAUUACUUUGCGAAUUUGAGUGGACCUUUGGUUAAUCCUCCUCAAGGGAAUCUUUGGCCUGAGUACAGAGGAGACUGGCACUAUAAAUAUCCGACCGAGCCGUGGUAUUAUCCUUCCAUUGAUGUUAGAAACAAAGGAAGAAACAUGGAGUUGGCAAAGAUCCCAGACACAUGCACAAUCAUUGAUUUUUCAGGAAAUGGUUUUGGAGGGAAGAUUCCAGAAUCCAUAGGUUUCUUGAAAGCUUUGAUCGUGCUGGACUUAUCUAACAACGGUUUCACAGGUCGUAUUCCGUCGUCUCUGGCCAAACUCACACAGCUCGAGUCACUGGACCUAUCUCGAAACCAACUUUCUGGAAAUAUUCCUCAAGAGAUAAGGGUCCUCACGUUCUUGGCGUACAUUAACAUGUCAUAUAACAGACUGACGGGCCAAAUACCACAGGGUACACAGAUUGGAGGGCAAUCUAAAUCCUCCUUUGAAGGGAAUAUCGAUCUUUGUGGUCUUCCGCUUGAGGAGACUUGUUUCAGGGAAACUACUGGAGUACCAUCAACACCACAGACACAAGGGAUAGAACCGACAAAGCAAGAACAAGUGUUGAACUGGAAAGCAGCUGCAAUAGGAUAUGGACCCGGAGUCUUGUUUGGAGUGGCCAUUGGACAAGCCUUUGCUUCAUAUAAACCGGCCUUGUUCUAUAAGUUGUUUCGCCUUGCCUUUGAGUUUUGAAUCAUUUCUUUUUCUUCUUUUUUCUUUUGUCGAAUCAUUUGUAUAAUAUCAGAUUUCUCUCGUGGCUUUUGGAUUUAAUAAAAGAAUAACACGAGUUUGUUUC